GAAAAUUUCUGAUAUUCACACUCAACAUGACCAAACAACAUACAUUCGAAUCAUUCCUUGUGAAUGACCCUCUUGACAAUUACGAAGAUCCAGAAAAGUUCAAGGAAUGGAUCCCAAAGAUUGAAAAAUAUAGACAAGACUUGGCUGCUUCGAUCCCAGAUGACUUGGCUGUAAAACUACCAAAACCAGUUGAUCAAUUAAUCGAUGAACAAUUCAAUGCCGUUAAGUAUCUUUACGAUGCCAAAUUGUUGACUCCUCAAGAAUUUGCUAUCACUGAUUCCAGUGCCGUUGAUUUGGUCAACAAGAUUGCCAAGGGUGAUUUAACUUCGGUCGAAGUAUUUAAGGCUUUUGCUAAGCGUGCUGUUAUUGGUCACCAAUUCACUAACUGUGCCCUUGAUUUUUUCCUCGAUGAAGGUUUAAGCCGUGCUCAAGAACUUGAUGCUUAUUACAAAGAGCACGGAAAGACCGUAGGUCCUUUGCACGGGUUACCUAUUUCCCUUAAGGAACACAUGAACUAUAAGGGAAGAAUCACUCAUGGUGGGUACGUUUCUAAAUUAGACAAUGUUACUCCUGAACACGGGGUUACUAACCAAAUCUUGGCCAAUUUGGGUGCUGUGUUUUAUGUUAGAACUAACCAACCACAAACCUUGAUGCAUUUGGAUUCAGGAAAUAACGUUAAUGGAUUCAGCAAGAACCCAUUCAAUUUGUUGUUAUCCAGUGGUGGUUCUUCUAGUGGUGAAGGUGCCAUUUCUGGAUUUGGUGGUAGUGCCAUUGGUGUUGGGUCUGAUAUUGGUGGUUCUAUUAGAGCACCAGCUGCAUACUCUGGUAGUAUUGGGUUAAGACCUUCUUCCAAGAGAAUUUCAGGGUUAGGUGCCAUCAGUAGUGGUGCUGGUCAAGAAUCAGUUCCUGCAGUUAUCGGUCCAUUGACUCGUUCUGUUGAUGACGUUGACUUGUGGAUGGAUGCUUAUAUAAAUGAAGGUAAACCUUGGGAAUUGGAUGGUACCUUAAUACAUAUGCCAUGGAGAAAAGUUGACAAACCAAAUCCAGCUGACUUGACUAUUGCUGUUAUCAGAGAUGAUGGGUUAGUUAGAGUUUCUCCUCCAGUGAGACGUGCUUUGAAUGAAACUGUGGAAAAGUUAAGAGCUGCUGGUGUCAAGAUUGUGGAAUUCACCCCUCCAAACACCAAGUUAGCUUAUGAAACCGUGCACAAGAUGUAUACCUGUGAUGGUAAUUACAUGCAACGAGAGCUCUUGUCAGCUUCCGGUGAACCAUUAACUAAAUUGACUAAAUGGUCCUUGAACUAUGGUGAAGGUGCUCGUGAUUUCCCAGCAUCAGAAAACAGAAAGUUGAAUUACAUCAGAGAUGGAUUGAGACAAGAAUAUACUGAAUACUUGGUGAAGAACAAGGUUGAUUUCAUUUUAAGUCCUGCUUACAACAAUGUUGCUCCCCAUUCUGAAGAAGUGUACAACUGGUCAUACACUUCCUUGUUCAAUAUUCUUGAUUUACCUACUUUAGUUAUCCAAUCGGGUGUUUUCCAGGAUCCAAAUGUUGAUAAAUGGACCGAAGAAGACUUGAAAUACAAGUAUAGAAGUCCAUUGGAACAAUUGGAAAAUGAAAACUACCACCCUGACGAAUUCAUUGGCGCUCCAGUUGGGUUACAAUUGUCAGGAAGAAGAUACUUUGAUGAAGAAGUUGUUGCUGCUGGUAAAGCAAUUGUCGAUGUUUUAGGUGUAGACUUGUUUAAACAUUAGAUUUUAUAGAUUCUAAUUAAUACGUAUAAUGCGUAUGUUAUCUUGAAUUCUGUCGAUUACAUGGUAAACUUCAUUCAAAACAAUGGUAUUCAAUUUAGGAAACUUUUUGCCAUUCCCAAGCACUCUUUUAAUUAUCCGCUUUCCUUGUUUAUCACCUACAUUACAAAAGACAUGUUUCAAAUUCAUAACUCUCUCAAAGUUUCUCGAGCCAACCACCCAUGAGCUCAUGGUAUGAUCCAGGAGACUGAAUCCUAUUAACGACUGCUGUUGGCUUUCAAUGAGCUUAGUAAUCAAUCGGGAACAGUAAUUCAAGAGGAAUAUGUUGUCCUUGAGUUGACGGAAAUGCAAAGUUGAUAAGGAGUUGGGUCGAAGUAGACCAGAAACUUCUCGAUAAUCAAGUUGAUGGCAAUCCAAAUAUAAAUUUCGGAGUUGAGGAAGUCUUUCUAGCAACCAUUUCAUGUCUGGAUAAAGGGGUCGAUUGUAAUAGGCAACAUGGAGACCCAAGGUUGAAAUUGCUGCUAAGGAGAAUAUGUCACCUAGCCGCAGUAGGUGGUUUUCUCUAUCAUCGGUAAAUCCAUAGGUAGUUAAGCUGAAAUAUAAUUCUUCAAGCUUUAAAUUGGUUAUUUUUAGGUCUUCCAAUUGACGAAAUAUAUCUGGUUGUGCUUGAAUAAGACGAAGUGAUGAUAAUGACUUUAGUUGGGGUAUUAUCUCAAGCACCUCAUGGUUCAGUUCAUAGCAAUCGAUGGUUAGCUUCUUGAUAGAGUAAUUGGAAUUUUCUAUUCUUGACUGGGCAAAUUGAGAAUCACCUGCAAAUAAUAAGAGAUCCAAAAUGGGUACAUGUCCAGAUAGAGGAAGAUCAUCGCUGCAAACCUCUAUCGUUGUCUCAGCCCACGGAAGUUCGGUAGUGAGAACACUGUAUUCCAAAUCACGGUAUCUAUCUAUGACCACACUUUUAAUUAAUCUCCGUCGCGUGACAUUUCCAAUCACAUUGAUUCUAAAUGAAGCAAAGUCUUGAACAAUAGUAUAUUUCAAAUAGAAGGGAGUGUAAAUUUUCCUUGAGACUACAAGUCCUGAACCCAAAUAUAUUGAACGGUAUAAUUUUUGAUUUCCGACAUUAUAAAAUCGUUUGUUGACCAACAUAAAGUUAACGACAUCUUGUUGGUUGAGGUUUGUUAAUAUUAUAAAUAGUACUUCAUCCGGUAGUAUCAGUAAUGUACUAUUGUUGUCACUAGAAUCAGUAAACUCGGUACCACUAUGACAAAUUUGGGAUUUAACUACGUGGCUCAAAUUUGGUAAAUUGAUCCAUUCCAGAAACAUUAAAGGUAU